AUGCCGUUGACGAGGCCAAGACGCCAAAGACGAGGCACUGCACUACGCGGAGUCGGAGUGGCUGCGUGGCGUGUCGCGAGAAGCAUAUCCGGUGUGAUGAGAAACGCCCUUCGUGUCUUUCAAGCUGGGUACGGUUUCGGCCCCUUUCCCAGGAACCCAGACGAUUGGUCAGCCCCUGCUCCAGAUUUUGACAUGGACAACCCAGAUCUUCUACAGAAUACCUUGCUGGUUUCCGGAAUCCAUUAUGCUCGGAACAAAGGCGAUCUCGCUUUAUUUGAGCCCACGUUUCUUUUCCAUAAGAUCCAAUGCAUACGACAGGUCAACCUUUGGCUUGGAAGCGGGCCAGACAAAAACCUGCAGACAAAGUGUGCGCGAUACAUUAGCACGCUUGCCAUCACAGAGGCCUGUCUGGGAGACUUUGAAGCUGCUGAGUCUCACCUCAAUGGCCUUGUGGUCUACCUUGACUCCAAACGACUGCAAACAGACCAAGACGCAAGAGGUCAGGUGGAAGAUGAGUUGACCAGUCGUUAUUUAAUUCUGGCCAAAAAUGUUCUUCAUAGCACGGCAAGUCGCGUCAGGGACUUGAUUGCAAAUUACUGUGUCGCUAGAGGUAUCAAAGAGCCUUUGAAAGUUACAGAGUACGGCUUAAUGAAGCACAAACCACAUCUGCAUGAUACAAGCGGCACUAUAUCCUGCCUGAAAGCCACGAGGAUGUUGCCAUUCUUCUUCGGCUUCCUCCCCACUGAAAGAAUGCCCAAGGAUGUUGACAUGCACAUGACAGUCAAAGUCCUGCGAGAUCUAACGCGACGCGCUGAUCCAAGACACACAAACAGGUCUGCAUAUACCAACUGGAAAAUUUGGCAUAGCGGUGACACGCCGAGGCUUCUCUUCGCGUUGGUGGAUUCCCACAUAGAAUCGUUUUCCGACAAGCUCCAGCUGCCGCCUCAAGGCCGACAAACGUUCAUAUCAUCAUGGUCCAGUUUCUGCGUGACCAUGGGCAUGUAUCUUACCAAUGUUGUCGAACUCUGGAACCAUGGCCUACCAAUUGAACGUCGAUUGCACUACUACACUAUACGAGUCUUGGAAGACGAUAUUCGGAAUGGUUACGAGACAUUGGAACACAUGGACCAGGAGACACGUUAUACAUGGUUCUGGAAAGCCUUCGUUGGAUCGUUGACCGUGGCCCAGGCUCAAUCGGCUGACUAUGACGAGCGGCUUGAUGGCAUGUUCGACAAGUUUUCCAAGUACAUCAAAGCGUUCACGCGGGUUGAAAAGAUGUCAUCGUGGGACGAAGCAAAAAAGAUCUUGGUAACUGUGGUGUGGCCAAUGGAGUGUACGCAGGACGAGAUAUGCACAAAGGUAUGGGCCAGAUUGCUUGCCAAGCACUGA